CCAGAAGAGACUAGGCGGCUAUUCGCUCUCACAGUCUGGCUACACUUUCCUUCCAAGCAGUGCAUCAUUACGGUGUGUAUGUGUGGCAGGUGGUGCAAGAAACACAUGCUUGAAGGCAAUUGUGAUGCACUGGUGAUAUGAGGAUGUUUAGGGACAUGGCGACAGUGGUGGCAACGAUGGUAACGGUGAUGACAUUGAUGAUAGUGCAGGAGACCAAUGCAGCGCGAAUCUUAAUGGCAGUGCCCAUUGGUACCCAGAGCCACGGGAAUUUCUACAUGCCCUUUGCGGAACACCUCGCCCUGCGGAACCACACGGUGACCUACAUAUCAGGAUUCGACAAGUCCAGCAGCCACCCAAAUAUCAGAGUAGUGGUUGUGCCCGAUGCUGAUAUAACGAAGAAUUUGCCCAGCCUUUUCACCACAGACACAUUUACUGCUACGGGAAGAUAUAUGACGACAUGAAGAUGGCAUGCAAUAAGGCCCUGGCCUACGAGGGAGUGCAGAGACUCAACGAAGAGAAGUUUGACCUAGUCAUGCUGCAUGCCGAUCUGACUGAUUGUUUCCUUUCAUUUACACAUAAACUGAAGGUUCCGUUCAUCUAUACGUCUCCAAACAAGUUCAUUGGAACGUAUUCUACCGUAGCAGCAUCUCCGGCCUUCCCUUCCCUGGAGGCCAGAUUCAUGCUUGACCUGGAGUACCCUCUCACCUUCACGGGACGCAUGAUCAGUACUCUUUUUGACCUACUGGAAAUACUGUUGCUCGAAUGGGAACUUAUUCCGAGUUGGGAUAAUGAGUGCCGAGCCCGCCAGCUGUGCCCUGAAGACAUGCCUUAUCUGGGGAAACUCCGAUAUAAUAACAGCCUGCUAAUCAUCAAUAGUGUGAGAUCGAUGGAGAAACCAACCUUGCCCUACACGCCCACGGUGGUGCAUGCGGGGGGAAUACACUGUCGACCCGCCGAACCACUCCCUGAAGACCUGCAGCAGUGGAUCGCUGGUGCUGGGGAACCAGGUUUCAUAUUGUUCAGUUUGGGAACUUUAAUAAAAUCUGCAGAUAUGCCAGAGAAGUACCUGAAGGUGUUGGCAGAUGUGCUUGGGUCGCUACAGCAGAGAGUGCUGUGGAAGUGGGACAAGGAAACUAUGGAAGGGCUUCCACACAACGUGCGGCUGGCCAAGUGGAUCCCGCAGCAGGAUGUUCUCGGCCACCCGCAGCUUCGCCUCUUCAUAACACAUGGAGGUCUAUUCAGUACUCAGGAGGCAACGUACCACGGGGUGCCAAUUCUGGGCAUGCCAGUUGGCCUUGAUCAACACUACAACAUGCGAAAGGUGCAGAAAGAAGGCUGGGGACACGUCUUGUAUUGGGAGGACCUCACCCAUGACAACUUGCGCGAUCACAUCUUGCAGCUCAUUAGUGACAAAAGAAUACUGGAGGAGGUACAGCAGCGGUCCAGGUUGAUGCGAGACCAGCCAAUGUCACCAAAAGACUGGGCCACGUACUGGGUGGAAUAUGUCCUCAAACACCAAGGAGCAAGCCACCUUCGUUCUCCAGCUGGUCACAUGCCUUGGUACCAGCUGUACAAUGCGGACGUGUGGGCGGUGCUGGUUGUGACGACGACGGUGACUACAAUCCUGACGUCCUGGCUGUCCUUCAGGAUCCUUCGAGCUCUGCUUCGUUGCUGCUGCGCAUCAAGGAAGACGAAGAAGGAGUGAACCCACGCCUGCUUGGUGCCCUAUAAAGAAUUAUGCCAAACUAAAAAGUACAAGAAAAAAAUUGUUUUAUAUGACGAGAGAGAGAGAGAGAGAGAGAGAGAGAGAGAGAGAGAGAGAGAGAGAGAGAGAGAGAGAGAGAGAUGCCUUUAAAGGCAACGGUUAGAUAAUUCUAUGACGUAGAGAAAAACAAAUACACACACUUUGGAUUGCCCGUUAAUAAUGCUGGCGUAUAUUAAUGCUCUUUGUUUUUACUAUUAUCUUGUAUUAAAGAAAAUAAAGUCUAUUAGAAUGC